AUGCGUCUUGUGUUAUAUUUUAUACUUACCACUUUGGUGGAAACAAAAGGUGUUCCUUUAAAUAAUAUUUUGCUUUCCCUCCAGGAAGAGCUACACUUUAACACGAUUCUUCUCUUGGAAAAUUGGACCCGAAAUGAUCCAUGCUGGGAACACAAAUCUUUUCAGGAAGAGUUUCCCACCAUAAACUUCAACGCAAACCAAAGUGUGUAUCUAAAAGAUACUUUCAAUUCAAAUAUGCUGGUUCUUGUUUGCUUAAAGUCAGAAGAAAGAAGUAUGAUGAGGGCGCUCUACCAUAAUCUCGAUGAUAUGAGAGAUACUCCCACCAUAUUAUUCGUUUCUGCAGAAGUCGACAUCAGUAAUUCAUUUCAGAAACUUCGAUGUGCAAACAUGCUUAAUGUGUUGGCUUUUAAAGGCUCCGACAGGGAGCUGGUCUACAGCUUUCGGGCAUUUCCUAAAUUCCGAGUUAUAGAGCGAAGGUCUGCAGAAGUUGUAAGAUACUUUGAACCGCAACUGGAGGACUUGGGAGGCCAUAUCGUAAGGGCACUCCCCGACAACACAAUGCCCCGAACUAUUGUCUACCGAGGGGCAGACGGAAGCCGUCGGUUGGGCGGAUAUCUGAACAGCUUCAUCCGGAACUACGUGAGCACCAUUAACGCAACCCUCGAGAUUCCCUGGGACCUGGUUUCCGAGAACGGCAUCACCCCUUUGGGUCGGGCGGAGAGGCUCUCGAAGAUGAUGCACGUGGACUUUCCGUUGGGCCUGACCACUUUCGUAGGCAACCAGCCCCUUCCUAUGGAGAUUUCCAGCUGGUUCGCGAUGCUACCCAUGGAACCCCCCCUUCCCCGGUCUCGUUUCUACUUCAAGAGCGGUGCCAACAAUCUGAUACCCUUGAUGUUCCUGCUGGCAACGGUGCUCAGCAAUGCCCAUCGGUUGGAGGCGGGCUUGAGUCCCAGCUGGAGAUGCUAUGAUGUUGGCACCAAGGUGCUGCGGGGAGUCCUGGCACAGCCGUUCAACCUGCCCAGAAGACUCUCCCCCAAGCUGAUGUCGAUGUACCUGCUGCUCUUGAUGACCGGCUACUUCGAGAGCAACUUGUUUAUGGCCUAUCUGGAGACGUGGCUCGUCCAUCCGCCGGCGGACAAACCCAUAACGAGCUGGGACCAAAUGCGCAGAGCGAACCUUAAGAUUCUCGUCAUUCAAGAGGAGUUGAAUUUGCUGACCUACACGAUGGGCAGAGAAUUCAUAGAUGCCCACAGCGAAUCGUUCUGGAUCACAAACUCCACUGAUUUCCAGUGCAAGCGCCUCUCGAUGGACCAGUCGUAUGCCUAUCCAGUCACUUUGACCUUGUGGCCACAUUUGGAGCGGGCCCAGAUCAGACUACGCAGGCCCGUAUUCCGUCGAUCCGAGACGAUCGUCUUCUCGCCAUUCCUGAUUUUGGCUUUGCGCCUGCCAAGGAACUCAGUAUUUUACAAGUCUAUCUAUCGAUACACUUCAUUAACACACGACAGCGGACUGUAUGAGAAUUGGUUCAUACGCAGCUUUUACGAGCUGGUCGCCCUCCGACAAAUCUCUUACAUAACGGAUGAGAACCUUGAGGUCUACUGCGAUCUCAAGUGGAAGGACUUCUACUUUGUGUGGAUUGUAUAUGUGGCGGGAAGUAUCAUAGGUUCCCUGGCGUUCUGCUUGGAGUUGACGUACAUGCGGCAUCUUAGAAAUAAAUGA